UUUAUUACAUGUCAAAUUUCGAAUUAAUUACAGAAUGCCCUACACGGAAGCGAUAAUGACCGAAAGUCAACGCAUCCGGAACGUGGGACCUAUAUUGCCACCACAUCGCACUGUCGAAGAUACAAUCCUUGAUGGUUACAAGAUACCAAAAGAUACUAUGGUUCUUCUGAAUGCGGAAAGCAACAAUAUGGACCCGGAAUUAUAUCCUGACCCAAUCUCAUUUAGACCGGAGAGGUAUAUAAACAAGGAUGGCAUAUAUCAAACACCAGAAAACCUUAUAUUGUUCGGCAAAGGAAAGAGAAGAUGUCUUGGAGAAAUUAUGGCAAGAUCAGCAAUAUUUCUCAUAUUUGUCGGGAUAAUGCAGAAAUAUUGUUUACUUCCGGAACCAGGUAAAGGAUACAUUAAAGGGGAAUUUAUUACCGGAUUGAUGCGUGAACUGAAGCCUUAUAAAAUGUUAAUUGUUCGGAGAUAAAAUAACAUUAUACAAUAUUUACUUAAAUGAGUUUCUUGUU